AGAAUUCUAAUAACAAGACAGGUGUCCAUUUUUAUUUUUAGACUUAAUCCAUGAUUUGUGUGCACUAUAUUCAAACAAUUGUUCUAUGAACAUUAUCAACAUUUACUACCAAGGUUACACUGUUUCUGAUAAUAUAGUUUGUAUAUCAAUAUUGUCAAAAUAUCACAACCAAUAGGGAUUAUACAAGUUGUUUUUUUUAAAAAUUAAAAGUUUUGUAAAUUUACUUACGCAAUAUUGUUAUUAAAUAAAUUCUAUUGUCGUUAAGACAUAAACAUCGUGUGCGUAAAAUAAUACUUACACUUGAAAAUAAUGGAGAUGGACGAAGAAAUAAUUUAUGCAGAUGAAGAAGAAUUGUCUUCAUCUUAUUAUGAAUCUGUUACCGGUGAGUCGUUUUAUGUUGAUACAUUGUUGACAAGGUUAUACAAAUCAUUGAUGAUGAAUAAUAUUAUUAGUUAACUAUUAUAAUAUUAAGUCUAAAAUAUUAUUUUUAAAUUUUGUAGGAUUCAUCCAAAAUAAUGGAUGGUAUUUCGUCGCCUUUAUCAUUUUACUAGCAUAUUUAGUUCCGAAAGUAUGGCCUCAUUAUUUAAAAUGGUCAGAACGACGAGCAGAAGCUGCUUAUGAUGCUGAAGUUAAGAAAAGUAAAUUUAUGAAAACUUUUUAAAGAAACCAACAAUUCAGUUAUGAUCUGUUGAACCAUUUUAUAGAUCCUGAUCUAUUUAAACUAAAACAAGAAGAGUUGAAAAAUGCGCGAGUGAAAUUCCAAGAAGAAUAUGAAAAAAAGGCCAAGAUUGCACUCGAAAAACAAAAAGAAGUAAAAUUAGUUAUUACUCAUUUGUUUCACUUUAAUUUGUGUUAAUAUGUAAAUUUUAUGUUAUUAGAAAGAGGAAAAAUUAUUAGAAGAAAAGCGAGCAUUACUAAAUAAAGGAACUGAUGGACAAACAAUAAAUAGUUCCGAUAAAUCAAAAAAAUUUAAACCAGGUAAUAUAGUAGGUAUCUGUAAAUAUCUAAAAAGACUUUUCCAGCAGGGUUGGUACAGAUAUUAGGUUUCAAAAUUCACUGAUUUUCCAAGAAAUUUUCUAUGACUAAGAUACAUAUAUCUUUGAAAUUAGGAAAAAAAGGCUAAAGAAACUGAAAACAAAAAAAUGAAUAUAUGUAAUUUAUAUUGUAAAAUUGAUAAAGUUCAGUCACUAAUUAUGUUUAUGUUUUUUUGUGAAUAUUUUUGACCUUCAUAAUUUCACAAUGUUCUUUUAACCGCAUUUUUAACCAAUUUCAUGGCUUUUUUCGGCUAAUUACUCACUACUUCCUGGAAAAUUUAAAAUGUAUUUUUUUUUUUUUAUUGAAUUUAUAAACAUGAAUAAUAAAGGUUAUUAGUUUUAACAGUUUUGGGUUUUAAAUCAUAAUAAAUACAUCAUAAUAUAAUAACAGUUGGUUAGGUAUGUAAAGUUAACAAUCAUAAUAAUAUAAUAAACAUAAAUUCAUUAAGAUAACUAGAUAAUAUUUACAAUGCAUAUAGUGUUGUACCAUUUCUAGAUUUUAUUGUUUAGAUCAGUUUUUUUAAAAAGAUUAACAUAUUUGCUGUUUUUUUAGUAUCUGGUUCUAAUGCUUUGUCCAUGUUGAGUGGUAUGUUGACAUUCUGAGGUCAUUGGUAUAUUGAUGGCACUCUAUUAAUACAUGUUUGAUCCUCGGGUUGUACACAGUAGCUGUUUUUCUGUAGCCAUUAGGAACUUGUGGGUUAACUAUGUGUGACCUAUUCGGAGACAAUUAAUUACAAAUUUAUCUUUUUUGAGAUUUAGAUUUUGCCAAUCUUAUAUUGAGCUUUUGAUUUCUCUGAGUUUGGUUUGUUGUCUCAACCAGUAGACUUGCAAUUUUUUUUUUGAUUGAGUUGUUGAUUUGCGCUCUGAUAUCGAAGUAUGUUAGGAUAUUCAGGGAUUGUAUGUGGUUGUUAGGGAGUGAAGAUUCUUUUGCUGAUUUAUCUGCAGUUUCGUUACCUUCAAUAUUUUUGUGAACCGUUACCCAAAUAAAUGUGAUGUUUAUGCCCUUAUGAAAUGAGGGUAUUCACUGGUUUCUUUCUGUGUGAGUUUGGCUAUAUCUGAAGGGUUUCUUGUGUUUUCUAAACUGCUAAUUGUAUUCAAUGAAUCAGCAAGAAUUAAGUUUUUGUAAAGGUUUUCUUAUGAAUUAUGAUCAUUAAUACAGUCUAUACUCUAAUGCUUUGGCUGAAUAUAUGGAGCAUUCAUUUGGUAGUCUGUGUUUAAUUGUAUCAUAUGGGUGAAUGAUUACAAUACUGACUCCUGUUUCAGUUUUUGAAGUGUUUGUAUAAAACGUAUUACAAUUUUUGAUAUGUCAACCAUGUUUUUUAAUAAGUUUGUAUUUACUUUUUUGUAAUGUGAAAAUUCUAGGUUUAUACUAAGUUUGAAAGCCUAUGGUGGGAAACUAUAUGAUUUUACUUUAAUUAUAGAGCCCAAUUGGGUUUUUUCUUCUGUAGCAUAUUUAUUAAUUUCUGCAAUGUGAUUAUUUGCUUGAUUAUCGACGUUUUUGGAGAUUCUGGCUGCGUAAAGUAAUGCUUUCUCAAGUCUUCUUAGCUCUGAAAGUGCUUCAUGAGCUAAGUUCCUUAUACUUUCUAUAGGGCUUGAUUUGAAUGCUUCAAUGCAUUGAAUGCAAAGAUGUAUUUGUUGACAUUGUAACUAGGUUUUUCAUUUCUACCGUUGCAUUUUUAAAAACACUAAUGCAUAGAUCACUGACAUGAUAAUGUUCUGUACCUUAGCGUAGGUUCUUUCAAUAUGUGUAUAUCACACUCCGUUGAUUAAUGACACAAGUCAAAAAAGGAAAUUUUUCAGGAAAGGCUGUUUCAAAUUUCCUCAUAACUUAAUAUAUAAAUAGAAAAUCAACUAUUUGUUCAAUUUGUUUUAAAAUUGUACCAAAUUUUAUUUUAUUUUUUUUACUUAUUAUUGAUAUAAUGAAAAAUUUUAAAAUUUUAAUUAUCUUAACAAAAAAAUUGAGUUAUUUCAGUUUAUAUGAUUUGAUUAGAAAAUGAAAUUUGACUUAGAUCAAACAAUACGUUUUAGAUUAUAAUUAAAAAUGACACUGAAAAAAAAUUUUAAAAAAAAAAUACUCAUUACAGUGAGUUAUAAAAGUUGUAGUACAGAGGUGGUAGAUAGGUGAUAGAUUUUGCCUACAAAGUUUUAACUAGUCAUCUUUUUUAAAUUUCUAGUUGAAUUUCAUACGCUUUUGAAAGAUUUUGUAUUGUCAUAUUUUUACGAGUAGAACUACUACUGUCUUCAAAAUCACUUGUUUCUCCAAGAUAUUUAUUCACACUAUUAGAUGUCAUUUCUUCGUAAAAAAAAUCUUCGUGUAAUAUAAUAUUAAAAUAUUAAACCACUAAACAAAAUGAACACGACUCAGAUAAUAAAUUAUAAAUUACCUAUAUAUGACGAGUAUUUGCUAUAUGACCAUUCAAAACUAUCUCAUUAUUAUUAUUGGUGUAAUAAUGAAAUCAGAAAAAUGAUAGCAAAACUUGAUAAAUUUGGAGUUUUGGACAUAAUAAAACCUAUAUAGAACAAAGCUCAAUAAAUUCAAGUUAUUAUAGAUAACAUUUAACACUAAUGAAUUAUGAUAAAAUAUCGGCCAAUUUAUAUUAGAAAAAAAAAAGCCCAUUGGGUAUAAUUUAAUAAAAUAAUAUUGUAUUAUUAUUGUUUAAAAUUGGAGUUAUGUCAGUCUUGUUGAAAUUGUUUUUUUUAUGUUUAAUACAUCCUAUAUCGACACAAGUACGCAUAACAUAUACAAAAAUACUGCUUAGAGUCUAGCUGUUUUAACCACAAAUGAAACGGAAACAAAUUAUUUUCAUUGCAUUAUUAUCUCAAAAAGUCCAAUUUUUGACUUGUUUCAUUAUAGUUGCCUGAGUGCAAUAUAUAAUAUAUAAAUACAAGGUAAUUUAUUUAAUGUAAACUUUUGACUAAAAUUAUUACCUACUUUUGACUCUCAAAUUUUAAUAUACUAAAAAUUAAUUAAAAUUGAUUAAUUUUGAUAUUGAAGUUUUUAUUUUCUUCAACAUUUUUUCAAGAUAUUCCAUUAAGGCUGAAGGUAGUGUAGAGCAUCAUUUGUGUGGUAGCGAGUGUGUGAUGUUUGAAUAGUGCUCCACUACUUCCCUCCUAAAUAAACUUAAAAGUGGAAUAUUUCGACAACAGGUUGAAUAAUUAAUAAAAAGUAAAUACUUAAAGUAUAAGAGUUGCCACUUUUUCAACUAAAUGUCACUUUUUUUUUGCAAGUCACUAAUAAUUUUUCCCAAAUAUUUUGAGAUUUAUUGUUAUACAAAAAGUGAUGUAUAUUUUUUUACAUAAAGACUGAACUAAAUUUUAUUUUAGCUAUCUAUGUUAGUGAAUAGUUCCUUUGGUAACAGAAUUUAAAAGUACUAACCUUUACUUAGAUUUUUUACUACAUUUAGGUUGUAUCCUUUGACAAUACAAACUUUAGUUUUUCAAAUGAAAACCUUUAUUAAAAAUAGAGGGGGUAUUAGUUAAAAUAAAUGUUGGUUUAAAAACUUUUAAUUUCUAUCAAUUGAUAGAUAUUCCACUUUUAAGAUGAGUAAUGGAGUAUCAUUUGUUUGGUGGUACAGCAUUUUAAUAGUGGAAUAUCUUGUUAAUAGGUUGAUGAAAAUCAAACAUUUCAUGACUAAUUCUCCAUCUGUUAUGGAAUUUUUAAUAUAGGUAGUUUCUCAUUUUAAAAGUCAUAGUUAUUACCGCCACAGGAUACUCCUUAAAUAAGGUCUAAGUAUAUGAAAACAUUGGUUUUAAUUAAAAAAAUUUAAUCGUAAAAAUGAAGCAAACAUAUUUAAUGGAUUAAUCUAUAUAUACCUGAUACUGAGGUCAGGUGUGCCUUGUUUGUUGUAGGUAGGAAGUUGGGAAUGUAGGAUACAUAAAGUUAUUUAAUUUGCAUCUUAAGAUGAUGCUAUCAUAUACCUAUACAGGUUAUAGCAUAUUAUGUUGUCUCGUCCAACUGACUGAUAUUAUAGCAAAAUCUACCUUAAGCAGAGAGUGUAGAACUCACUUAAAUUUGGUUUUAAAGUAAAAUCACCUAUUAUAAAAUUUAAAGAGUAAGGCAAUAUCCUAGAGCAGUGUUCUUUAACUGUUGGGUUACAUAAGCUUUAAAAUUGGUUCGUGAUAAGUUUUCUUUUUAAAUAAAAAUUAAAUUUAUAUAAUUAUAUAAGGUAUAACAAAUAAUUGUUUAAUUAUUAAACUUAGAAAAUUAAUGUAUAAAAAUAUAUUUAAAAAAUUAUUGUAAUAUAUUAUGUAUAAACAAUGUGAUAUAAUUUAUAUUCUAUAAUAAAAUAUUAUAAUGGAUAUCAAAUCACUUCAAUCAAUUUACUGGUAUGAUUCUAUGUAGUAUGCCAUUGAAUAUAAUAAUUUAAUGAAUUAACUGGGCUAGUAACAAAAUUAAUAUAUUAUAUUGUUAUUAUUAAAAAGUCCCAUAAUCUAUAAAUAUUAUCAAUGUCAUUGCUGUGUUUAAAGACGAAGUAUUAUAAAUGUUAGUCGCUUUAUUUUCCUAGUUAUAUUUACAUAUUCGUUAAAAAGAUUAUUUUUUUUUGUUUAUUUUGUCAACAAUGGAGUUUUUAUUUUUUUCAGUUAAAAUAGUACUAUUACAAAGUAUUAAGUAAUUUUAGGUUUUUUUUACAAACAUGGUUCUUUAGGUGUGUGAUCGGCCUUACGUGGGUUGCAAAAAAUGUACGCUUAAAAAAGUGAGUCGUGAAUCUAAAAAUGUUGAAGACCAUUGUUCUAGAGGACUAGAUGCAUUUUUCAUAUUAUUUUAAUUAUUAUUCCAGGUAUAACGUUCAAUACAUUAUUUAGAAAUAAAAACUAGUAAAUGACUAACAUUAAAAAACAAUUAAAAAAAAAAAAAGAAUGCAUCGUCUUGUUCUCUUUUAACUUUAUAAUAGGUGCAUUUGCUAUAUUGCCCGUUUUAGUUGGACUGAGAUAGUGCAUGCGUGUAUAGCAUCUUAAGGUAAUGAUAAACUUUUGCUAACAAAAACGAUUCUGAGCAAUAUUCAAUUAUAUAUAUUUUGAAAUAACGUAAUUUCUCAGAUUUCCAUUAACAUUUUAUCUGUUUUAAAUACUGUCACAACCAUUCUACCACAGUUACUGUUACGGGACUGUUUGCACAAAACUUAUAUUAACCUUACACAUAUGUCAGUUAUCUGUUUUUUGUUUUCAUAAGAUUAUAAGUUUGAUGAUGAAAUUGUACGGUUCAAUAUUACUGAUAUCACAAAUUACUGACAUACCACCUACUUAUUUAGUUUGUCAUAGCUCAUACAUAACAUCAUUUGUCAUUACAUCUUAAUGAUAGAAUUUACUAUUUAGUAUUUAUAUUUUGGUAUAUGCAAGUUAUCAGCAUGGGCGCAACUAGACCAUUAACUUUAAGGAUGCUUAAAUUAUUAACACAUCACAAAACCAUGAGUGUAAUGUCAUCAAAAACCCCUUAGCACAACACUUAUAACAAGCAACUAAACAUAUCAUUUGCAAUUUCUGUAUAAAAAUAUAUCAUUACUUUUUUACCUUUAAUUUUUAUACACAUAUAUAUUGUCUGUAGGUAUUUUGUAUUUUGGUUUGCUUAUUAAAAUAAUACAUGAAUAAAUUAAUGUUAAACCAAUACUAUUAAAAGGCUUAAUGGAUAAACUUGGUGAUGCCAAAGACUCCUCACCACCCAUCUAAUUGUACCUAUGAUUAUUUUUAGACUUAUGAGUAAGUUAAGUAAUCUUUAGUUAAAACUAAAUUAUUAAACCAUCAAUAAUUCAGAAACUUCGUGAUAACACACUUCCAUGAUUCGUGAAUUGUAUUGAACCAGCGAUUACAUUAAGUCACUGAAUUAUACUACACUGAUUCAAUUUAUUCAGUUAACCCAAAAGAAUAAAUUCAGAGUCAAAUCAUUCACGAAGUACCCAUCACUAAUGUUUAUAUUUUUAACAAUCGGAUCAGUUUGAUUAUACUAUUUAAAUAAUAUACAUGUAACAAUAACUAUCCAGGAAUUUCUAAUGUGAAAUUCCUAUUCAUUGUCUUCUUCUCACCGCUUAAUUUAUAUUCAUAAAUUCAUUUUUUAUUUUUUAUAUUCAUUUAUUUUCACAUUUACUCAAUGUACAUUUAUUGUAUAGAUUGUAAAUGUUCACUAAAUAAUCUUAAUUUAAUGACCAGAGUUAUACCUGUUUUACAAUUUUUAAUAUAUUUUCUAAGAAUACUAGUAUUCUAAUGUAUGUAAUACUUGGUAUCCAACUAAUUAUUUAUAUUUUUCACAAACAAAUUAAUAAAAUAUAAAAUACAUAGAAUUUUUUUUUGACAGUUGUUAUUUCUUGAGUGUUACAUUCUUAUAAAUAUUUAUGUUUUGUUUAGAUUACAAUCCUUUAAUGGGAUCUGGCAGUGGUUCAAACUAUAGACCUGCAAGGAGAAGUCCAUGUUCUGGCGGUGGAUGUGGAUAAACAUUAAUAUUUGAAUAAAAUUAAUUACUACUGAGCAAUAAUAUGGUUUAGGCGCUAACAAAUAAUUUAAAAACAAUAAAGUAAUUUAUUAAACCAAAAUAAUUUUU